GGGAUUCCAGUGGUGUGAGUACGAUACGAGUACAUUGCAGACGUUUGGUAGAGUGAGAGCCCAGCAAUACGACAAGGCCCGUGUGCCCAAUGUCUUCCGCGCAAAAGCCCCUAGAUCUGUCUUCUUACUACUUUUUUACCCUCUCUCCUGUUAGAGAGAGAAAGUGAAAAAAAAAACCACUGUUAAUGAUGGGCGGUUUUCUUGGAUCCUUGUGGGGCUGUUUUUCAUCUCUCUUUUCACGCCCGUGUGACUUCAUAUCCCCAUUUCCUCUGAGGAAAGUGGUUUUCUAUUUGCAGAUGACCGCCAUGAUUGCGAAUGCCAUUGAGCUGUUGCAGAGAAGCUGAAGCUGAAAGUUUCAAGGUUUUGGAAUUCUUCGGUCACUCUAAACCACUGUCUUGGACACCAAAACCACAAUGGAAUCUCUGCUUUGGCGAAGGAUAGCGGUUUUCAUGGCUGUUUGUUGUCUGAUUUUAGUUCCUUUUGUCGUGGAUGCAAAGACUAAGUCCAGGCAGAGGUUUGAAGUGCAAAAGCAUUUGAGGAGGCUUAAUAAGCCACCUGUGCAGACGAUCAAGAGUCCAGAUGGAGACACAAUCGACUGUGUUCGCACUCAUCAUCAGCCUGCUUUCGAUCACCCCUUUCUCAAGAAUCAUACCAUUCAGAUGAGGCCAAGCUUUCAUCCUGAAGGGCUUUACAGUGCAAACAAGGUUUCUGGCCCAAAACAGGCCUCAAUCUCUCAGACUCAGCUAUGGCACUUGACUGGGAGGUGCCCACAAGGAACCAUACCCAUUAGAAGAACCACCAGAGAUGACAUCCUCAAAGCUAGCUCUGUUAAAACUUUUGGCAAAAAAAAGCACAGAAGUAUGCCUCUACCACCUAAAUCCGCAGACCCCGACCUUGUAAAUGAAAGUGGGCAUCAGCAUGCAAUUGCUUAUGUCCAAGGGGACAAAUACUAUGGAGCAAAGGCAACCAUUAAUGUUUGGGAACCUAAAAUUCAGCAGUCGAAUGAGUUCAGCCUCUCCCAGCUCUGGAUUUUGGGGGGCUCCUUUGGGGAAGAUCUCAACAGCAUUGAGGCUGGUUGGCAGGUAAGCCCAGAUCUUUAUGGGGACAACAACACCAGGCUCUUCACCUACUGGACUAGUGAUGCCUAUCAAGCCACAGGGUGCUACAACCUUUUGUGCUCAGGCUUCAUUCAAAUAAACAGUGACAUAGCCAUGGGUGCCAGCAUCUUCCCAGUCUCUGGAUAUCGUGGUUCCCAAUAUGAUAUCAGUAUCCUUGUCUGGAAGGACCCUAAGGAGGGAAACUGGUGGAUGCAAUUUGGGAAUGACUAUGUUUUGGGGUAUUGGCCAUCUUUCCUCUUCUCUUACUUGGCUGAUAGUGCAAGCAUGAUAGAAUGGGGAGGUGAGGUUGUGAACUCUGAACCAGAUGGAGAGCACACUUCUACGGAGAUGGGGAGUGGCCAUUUCCCUGAUGAAGGGUUUUCAAAGGCCAGUUAUUUCAGGAACAUCCAGGUUGUUGAUGGUUCCAAUAACUUGAGAGGACCUAAAGGGAUUGGCACCUUCACGGAGCAAUCCAAUUGCUAUAAUGUUCAGAAUGGCUACAAUGGUGAUUGGGGUAAUUACUUCUACUAUGGUGGCCCUGGCAAAAAUUCCAAAUGCCCAUAACCCCCCUCUCUCUCCAAUGGGGGCUGGCAAAAAACCCAACUGCCCAUGACCCCAUCUCUCUCAUGUACCAUUAAUGUAACCUAAAAGAAAAGAGUUCCUAUGGUGUGCUUCCCUCCUCUCACACCCUUCUCAUACUCAGAGAUGGGAUAUUUUCCUAGUGUGACAGUGAGAAUAUGCGGUCUGAAUUCCUCUCCACUUGGGUUUUUCCCUUUGUUUUUCCUUUUCUCUUGCCUUUUCUAAAAGGUUUUCUUUUAGUGGAUCUGUUGUAGGUGUGGGGGGUAACAAAUUGGGAGGGGUGGGUCAAGUUUCUUGUCAAUCUGAUGAAAAGGAGCAGGCCUUUUGUCUCUCUCUAUCACUACUGUACAUUUGUUUGUCUUCUCCCUGGAGUGAAUCUGUUCUGGUAUUAUUCAUUGAAUGAAAGACCUGGGUGUUUUGACGGGGUAUUCUAUCUA